ACAACAUAAAAUGGUGAGUGUUUGGUGGCAAUGACAUGCAUAUCAUAUCUUAUCAUAAUCAAUCAUACUCUAAUGUAACAAAGAAGCGCGAAUCAUUGGAUACCUUACCUUGCAAUUGAAACCGAUUUUGGCGCUUCACCAACCAUUUACCAACUGCUAUUUUAUGUAAUGUAAUCUUAUUCACAUUAAUCACUUGUAUUGUAUGCUUCGCUUUGUUUGUUGAAUUUUCCGAUCGAAGAAGAAGAAGAAGAAGAAGAUGGCUGGGUCGUGUUGGCCUUCUGAUACAGAGCUAAAUGAAAUGAGAGAGAAAGUUUCUCAAAUGGCAAAGGUGAAGAAAGAGGAUGUUCGAGUUGUCGUAUCACCCUAUCGUAUUUGUCCUUUGGGGGCACAUAUUGAUCAUCAGGGUGGGACUGUUUUAGCUAUGACAAUCAAUAAGGGAAUACUUCUGGGGUUCACUCCUUCUGGAAGUGAUGAGUUUGUAAUUCGUUCGGGACAGUUUCAAGGAGAAGUGAAGUUCAGAGUUGAUGAUAUUCAGCAGCCAGUGCAAACUACUAAGAUAAAAAAUGAUAACAUGGCAGAGAAUUCUUCCGAGCCACAGGAACAAUGUAACUGGGGGCGUUAUGCUAGAGGAGCUGUAUAUGCACUACAGAAUAGGGGACACAAUAUUUCAAAGGGUAUCAUUGGAUACAUACGUGGUUCUGAUGGUCUGGACAGUUCGGGAUUAAGUUCUUCUGCCGCAGUUGGAGUAGCUUACCUCUUGGCUUUGGAGCAUGCAAAUGAUUUAGUAAUAUCUCCUACUGAAAAUAUUGAAUAUGAUAGGUUGAUUGAGAAUGAAUAUUUGGGUCUGAAAAAUGGCAUAAUGGACCAAUCAGCUAUAUUACUUUCGAGGCAUGGUUGUUUGAUGUGCAUGAAUUGCAAGCAUAUGCAGACGAAAGAAUAUAAGCUUAUUCACCGGCCAACGGUGCAAGAUUACAAAAAGAGUGAACAACCGAAAGCAGCCAAAAUGUUGCUGGCUCUUUCUGGUUUGAAGCAAGCUUUGACUACCAACCCUGGAUAUAAUAGGCGAGUUGCAGAGUGUAAAGAGGCUGCACAAAUUCUUCUUGAAGCAUCUGGAGAUCAUGAAGCGGAGCACAUCCUAUCAAAUGUUGCACCAGAAGUUUAUGAGGCUCACAAGUGCAAAUUAGAACCUGAUCUGGCCAAAAGAGCAGAGCAUUAUUUCUCAGAGAAUAUGCGUGUUAUGAAAGGAGUUGAGGCUUGGGAAACGGGAAGUUUAGAAGAUUUUGGAAUUCUCAUCGCUGCUUCUGGUCGAAGUUCCAUUCAAAAUUAUGAAUGUGGUUCUGAACCACUGAUUCAACUGUAUGAGAUCCUAUUGAGAGCUCCUGGUGUAUUGGGAGCACGUUUCAGUGGUGCUGGGUUUAGAGGAUGCUGUAUUGCCCUUGUGGAGGAGCACCUUGCUACUGAAGCUGCAUCAUUUGUCAGGAGAGAAUAUCUCAAAGCCCAGCCCGAGUUAGCUAGUCAGAUAAGCAGAGAUACUGCAGUUUUAGUAUGUGAUUCUGGUGAUUGCGCACGUGUAAUUUGAGCAGUAUUUUUAUUGUCAUUUCUUGUCAAUAGCAGCUGUUAAUCUCAUUAUAGUCAAUCAAAUCUUCUGCAUUUUUUUUUUCAUUAUUUUUUGUGGCUUUGAGCUAGAAAAAUGAUACUUUGACACAAUUUUGGCAUCAAAUUCGACAACAUAUUAGAUUAGAUGGUUAA